CAGAAUUGAAUUAAUAGAUAAACGUAUUAAAAAUAAGUAUUACAAUUAAUAGAAAAUGCAAACGAUUAAUAAUUAUUAAUUAGCAAUAAAUAUUACUUAGCAAUAAGCAUUAAUUUCAACUGCCAAUAUAUGCAACAAAUGCAAAUAUAUUCCAAGUGUUCAAAUGAAGCAAGCUGGUUUCAUAUCCGUGUACACAUCCGCUUAGUAUUUGUGUUCACACGAGCUUCGGCUGCGCUUAAUACAAUUACACGAUUAAUUAAAAUAAUUUAAAAGUCCGAAGUUAAAAGUGAUAAUGUAAAUAGAAACCUAGCGAGCAAUCUGUAGUAAUUAGUUUAAAACAUAAAACAUAUUCCGAAUUUCCCAAGCCUCUCUUUGGAUUGCGUUUGAGUGUUUGUAUACCCAUGUGUGGCUGUGUGCGUGUGUGUGUGUCGUCUUGGAAUGUUGCCUUGCACGAAAUUCAAAUUGUGACCCCAUCCUUGAGAAUUUGCUUUUGAAGCAUACCUAAGAAAUGGAUGAGCAUACAUUGAACGACCUGUUGGAGUGUUCGGUGUGUUUGGACCGUCUGGAUACCACAUCAAAGGUGCUACCAUGCCAGCACACUUUCUGCCGCAAAUGUUUGUUGGACAUUGUGGCCAGCCAGCACAAGCUGCGGUGUCCGGAAUGCCGCGUCCUGGUCUCGUCCAACAUCGAUGAACUGCCUCCAAAUGUAUUGCUGAUGAGAAUAUUAGAAGGCAUGAAACAGACGGCGGCUGCUGUUAAAAGCGACAAUAAAAGUGAAGAGACCGAAACGCCCCCAGAGAAACCCAAAAUCCAACAUCACACUGAGACAGUGGCACCCACAAGCAGCACACAAGUGCAGCAGCAGCAGCAUCCGCAUCUGCACCCGCAACAGAAAUCGCAGACUCAGGUGGUUCGUCAGAAGCAACGGCGGUUCCUACUCCCGCACGCCUAUGCCCUGUUUGAUUUCGUUUCCAGCGAAGCCAACGAUCUGAAGUUUAAGAAGGGGGACCUAAUAUUGCUUAAGCAACGCAUCGACAACAAUUGGUUCGUGGGCCAGGCCAACGGACAGGAAGGAACCUUCCCCAUAAACUAUGUCAAAGUGUCCGUCCCUCUGCCCAUGCCCCAGUGCAUUGCCAUGUAUGACUUUAAGAUGGGACCCAAUGAUGAGGAGGGCUGCCUCGAGUUCAAGAAGAGCACAGUCAUCCAAGUGCUACGCCGCGUCGAUCACAACUGGGCUGAAGGUCGAAUCGGCCAGACAAUCGGCAUCUUUCCCAUAGCAUUCGUAGAGCUGAAUGCCGUGGCCAAGAAGCUGCUAGAUAGUGGAGUUACGAAUCAGCAACCGUGCCAUCCGCCACAGCAUCAGCAGCACCCGCAGCGUGCGCUUCCUCCUGUUCCCAUAAUUGAUCCCACAGUUGUCACAGAAUCCAGCUCUGGCUCCUCGAACAUUACGCCGGCCAGCAGCAACUCCAGCUCCACUUCCAGCUCGAACAACUGCAGUCCCAAUCAUCAGUCUUCGCUGCCAAAUACUCCACAACAUGUGAUGGCCUCUGGAUCCGGUUCGGGAUCGGUUCGAUUUCGAGAUAAGGGAGCUAAGGAGAAGCGGCACUCGUUGAAUGCCCUGCUAGGAGGAGGAGCACCUUUGAGUCUACUGCAGACCAACCGCCAUUCCGCUGAGAUUCUGAGCCUACCCCAUGAGCUGAGUCGCCUGGAGGUGGCCGCCUCUCCAGCCACAGCAGCGGCUGCCAAAGCGACUCCCGCCUCCCAGUCUGCACGCGUACUGAAGACCAAUGUGCAGCAGCAAAUGCCUCCCACUCUGCCCUGGGGGUACCUGGCGUUGUUUCCAUACAAGCCGCUACAAAAUGACGAAUUGGAAUUGAAGAAGGGCUGCGUGUACAUUGUGACCGAACGGUGUGUGGAUGGCUGGUUCAAGGGAAAGAACUGGCUGGACAUUACUGGCGUGUUCCCGGGCAAUUACCUAACGCCAUUGCGUACACGCGACCAGCAGCAGCUGAUGCACCAGUGGAAAUACGUUCCUCAGAGCUCCGAUGCGAUGCAGAUCCAUCCCCAGCAGCAGCAGCCAGUGGCGCCUGAUGUGCGCCUCAACAACAUGCUGCCCAUGCAGCCACCGGAUUUACCGCCGCGACAGCAGCAGGCAUCGACAACAGCGACUGCGACAACGACUAGCUGCUCAGUCUGGACAAAGCCAGUGGAGGCCUUGUUCAGUAGAAAGUCCGAGCCCAAGCAGGACAUAUCCACAGCCACUUCAAGCAGCAGUUCCUCUGGCGCAGUCGGACUUAUGCGACGACUAACGCACAUGAAAACACGCUCCAAAUCACCAGGAGCUUCGCUGCAGCAAACACCGAAAGAUGCGACCACCACAAGCAUUGAAAGCACUGCUAAGACAACAGCACCUCUCUUGCAUCCAGUGCAUGUCAGAUCCGGAUCAUGUCCCAGCCAACUGCAGCACAGUCAGCCGCUCAAUGAAACGACAACAACGACAGCAGCUCCCCCUUCCGCAGGUCAGCAACAUUUUCAGGGCAAGCAACAGCCUGCCGUCAGCAGUGGCAGUGUCUCUUAUGGUUCGCAACGCGUGAAGAGCAAUAAAGAUCGACCACAUUUGCUUUGCGCACGCCAAUCCUUGGACGCAGCCACCUUCCGCAGCAUGUACAACAAUGCAGCCUCGCCGCCGCCACCGCCUGCAUCCUCAAUAGCCGCGCCUAUCUAUGCUGGUGGGCAGCAGCCCGGCAGCCAGACGCAGCUGCAUGCGAACAUGAUCAUUGCACCGAGCCAUCGAAAGUCUCACAGUCUUGAUGCUGGCCAUGUGCUCUGCCCCAGCAGUAACGGCAUCACCGAGGCGGCCAUCAAGGCCAGUGCAACAACCAAGUCGAUUUAUUGCACGAGAGAAAGUCGCUUUCGUUGCAUCGUGCCGUAUCCGCCCAACAGCGACAUCGAACUGGAGCUGCAUGUUGGCGACAUCAUCUAUGUGCAGCGAAAACAGAAGAACGGCUGGUACAAGGGCACACAUGCGCGCACCCACAAAACCGGGCUGUUCCCCGCUUCGUUUGUCGAACCGGAUAUCUAAGCCCAAGCAUUUAUUAGGUGAAAUUCCAAAUUACUUCUCAAAAUUCAUUCAAUCGCCGGUCGAUUUGGGCUUCCAAUUUUGUAAUCUCUUUAAUACGGAAAUCAUUUAUACUCGAAUACGGAAAUCGCGGAUGUACUUUUUAUACGAUCUUUAAUCAAAAAUGCCACAACCCACUAGUGUGUGCGUCUAGAGCAACGAGUUACUUAAGCACUUUGAAGGAUAAGUUAGAGAGUGAAAUCGAAUAAGCAAAAAUAUUUUAGAAUUGGCGAAAUCCCACAUACUAUUUGUGCCCAGUUGAAAGUUACAUAUUUGUAAUAUACGAACGUAAGUGUAAUAACAAAAAAUGUAUACACACGAA